UCUCCUGCAGAUCACCAGGUCUCCUCCUCCUUCAGUCUCAUGUGCUCCUCUCUCCUGCAGAUCACCAGGUAUCCUCCUCCUUCAGUCUCAUGUGCUCCUCUCUCCUGCAGAUCAUCAGCUCUCCUCCUCUUUCAGUCUCAUGUGCUCCUCUCUCCUGCAGAUCAUCAGCUCUCCUCCUCUUUCAGUCUCAUGUGCUCCUCUCUCCUGCAGAUCACCAGGUCUCCUCCUCCUUCAGUCUCAUGUGCUCCUCUCUCCUGCAGAUCACCAGGUAUCCUCCUCCUUCAGUCUCAUGUGCUCCUCUCUCCUGCAGAUCACCAGGUAUCCUCCUCCUUCAGCCUCAUGUGCUCCUCUCUCCUGCAGAUCACCAGGUAUCCUCCUCCUUCAAUCUCAUGUGCUCCCCUCUCCUGCAGAUCACCAGGUCUCCUCCUCCUUCAGUCUCAUGUGCUCCUCUCUCCUGCAGAUCACCAGCUCUCGUCCUCCUUCAGUCUCAUGUUCUCCUCUCUCCUGCAGAUCACCAGGUCUCCUCCUCCUUCAGUCUCAUGUGCUCCUCUCUCCUGCAGAUCACCAGGUAUCCUCCUCCUUCAGUCUCAUGUGCUCCUCUCUCCUGGAGAUCAUCAGCUCUCCUCCUCUUUCAGUCUCAUGUGCUCCUCUCUCCUGCAGAUCAUCAGCUCUCCUCCUCUUUCAGUCUCCCUCUGCUCACCUGUAUUCAUGCACCUGAAACACUAACCUUUUUUUAACAACUGUCCUGAGUUUAAGUUUGAACUGGAAGUAGGACAGGUCAUGUUCAUGCGUUUGGUUUCCUCCCUGUUGUUCAUUAUUUGAAGUUUGAAAUAUAACGAUACAGAGGAAGAGUACUGCCUGUCAGUCUGUUCUCAGGGAUUAAACUCCGGGGGCUCCUCAUCCUUACGUCAUCGCUGUACCGCUAGCUUCCCUCUGAUUGGCUGAGAGUCGAGCAGCUGAUGACUGUGAGCGCUGAUUGGCUGUUGUCCUCUGUGGGGGCGGGCUCUGCGGAGCAGCCGCUUUUCCUGCUUAAAAUGGCUGCAGAAUGUGGCGGAAAUAAAACGAAGUGAAGAAGAAGAGAAGAAGAACAAUCUCGGGUUCUGCAGGGUCUGAGUUCUGCAGGGACUUGGUUCUGCACCAGGAAGUUUCUGCAGGGGUUCUGCAGGUUCUGCAGGAACAAAGUUCAGAUGAACACCAGCAGGGUUCUCCAGGGGGCUCUGUCUCACAUGAUGCCCGUGGACAUGGCGAUGAGGUUUUGUCUGGCCGGUUCUCCUCCUCUGGGUUCCUUCCUGUUAGAGCACUGUUCCCCGCUGAGACCCUGUCUGUCCUCCAGUCUCCAUGGCGACACCAGCUGUAACACCACAGAACCCACGGUAACCAGAGUAACCAGGACAUCAGCGGUCUGUCUGAAGAAGAAGAGGAACGUUGUGUUUGCAGACUCUCAGGGUCUGACUCUCGCUAACGUCCACAUUUACAACGAAGAAGAGGACCAGCUCCUGACAGAGAUUCAGGACCUGAAGCUGAGAGACAGGAGAGGUGAGAACCCGGACCUGAAGCUGAGAGACAGGAGAGCAGACGGUUCUCCAGUUUUGGUUCUGGACUUCGCUCCGCCGGCAGCAGACUACCUGGACCUGAGGAACCGUCUGAAGGCCCAGCAGGUGGUUCUGGAGACGUGUUCUCUGCAGGACCGCCUGCUCUCAGGAACCGUUCAGGUGCAGAACCUCUGUUUCCAUAAGAACGUAUUGGUCCGGAUCACAUUUGACUCAUGGGGCUGCUUUCAGGACAUUCCGUGUUUGUACCUGAACCAGGUUUACGGUUCCCCCGACACCAACACCUUCUCCUUCUGCGUCUGUGUACCAGAGGUUCUGCAGCCCGAGGACCGGGUCGAGUUCUGCGUCCAGUACCAGACUCUGGAAGGAACCUUCUGGGACAACAACCAGGGGAACAACUACCGGUUAGUGGACCUGAGCACCAGGGAAAACCUAGAGAUGGAGACCCCCAGGCUGCAGAUCCAGAACCAAAACCAGCGUGAUCAGAUUGACCCAUUCGGCAGCCCCAGAACCUCAACUGGGAUCUUCCCCUGGCAGAGCUGUGGCAGCGUGGAGACCAGCGCCCCCUAUUGGUGAUAACAGGCUGGUUUAUUAUCACACCCAACUAGGGCCAUAGGACCACAGAGCCCUGAGAACCCCUUCCCCCUCUGAGGAACCCACCGCAGAUCCUCGCUUUACCACCAGACAGGUAAGCAUGUUAGCUCUUUACCUCUUUAGCACUUCAGCACUUGAGCCGCCCCCAUUGAAUUAUCUUCAGUCUUUCUGAGAGACUUUAAGAGGUCAACUCGACCCCGAGUUACAGCCGGUUCAGGAGGUCUCAUAAGACAUCUUGGAUCGACUCAUGUGGUUCUCUCCGGAGCCCACUUCCCAGCAGAACCUGACCCUGCUCACCAGGUGGUCCUGAGCAGGAACCCCUCAUGGUGAACAAACGUCACACAGGGAUCAAUGUGAGAUCUGUAAAGCGUUAAAGAAUCUAAGAUCCUGAUAUAUGCAAGAACAAGACCAGCAGAUGAUCCAAACCUUCACCAGUGUCCACCAGGGGGCUUAAGCAUCCUCAAUAAGUGCUUUCUUUAACCCCCAAAGGCCCGCGAGGCAUUUAAUGCCUGACAGGUGGUUCUACACUUCAGAGUAAUUCAUCAAACAUCAACAGUUCUUCAAUGGGAACCGUUAGAAACUGUCAUCACCAUCACAGGCCAAAUCAGCCAAUCAGAUCACAGCUAAGCCCCGCCCACACCUUCAAGAGCUCCUCACUGAUUGGUUCAGACACAAACGAGAAGCCUGAAAAGAUGAAUUCUCUGUAAUGGAUCUCACCUGGCACCUGUCUCUAGAUCCAGAUUAACAGAUGAUAGGAGGUUACCGAGUCUGGACUCCUGGAUCUGAAGAGGCUCCUCCUGAAACCACCUCAGGGUUUAGAGUCUACUUUGGGUUUCUGAUCAACUAACCCACCAAUCAUGUGAAGCAAACAGUGAAACCAGGACAGCUGAUCUAAGAUCAAAGACGUCUACAGGAAAAACCCCUCUCCAUCAUCGGCCCGAUACGUCCCAUGAUCCAUGAGUCUCAUCGUUACGCUCACCAACGAAACUGCACUUUAGGUCUGAGUGAGGUUACAGACCACAAUACAGCCCAUAAUGAGACGUCCAGGUUUACUGGGUUCUCUCCCUGUCACUUAAGCCCCCCCUCUGCUGACCCUGUACUUCCUGUGUUUCAGUGACUCGUGUUACCUGUCUGCACUCUCUAAUGUUAGUGUUAACACCAGCCAAUCAGUAACCAGCACACCUCUCCUCUGCUGUCCCCGUAUACAUCUCCCACAAUGCCUCAGUGUUGAAGAUUGUCUCGUGUGUCAGCUCUUUGAAUGAGCCAUUAGCAUUAGCUCCUCAGCUAAAUGCUAACUUUAAUUAGCCUGUUAGCUUCAGGUUGCCAUGGUAACUAACAGCCGUUAACGCUGAGCACUGUAGUCCUGUUGUUGUGGUAACCGCUGUAGCUGAACCUUGCACUUCCUUUUAACCCUACCAAAACAAAAGCCUUUAUUAACUUCCAGUGCUCUUACCUCGAGUGUCAACAACAACAACAGCAAAUGAUGAUGUUGUUGUUGUUGUUGUUUUUGUUGUUUUAGUGUACGAGGAAGCAUGUGACAGGAAGUGAUGUCUGGAUGGUGCGUUCAGGUCCCGUCAGAUUAUCCUGAACUUUUUACCAUAACUUGUUUUACCUUUUUGAACCGAGGAUACAUUAUUUCAUUUUAAAUUGAAGUCAUUAUUACUACAUUACAUUUCUCAGUUGUUCUCCGACGGGCCCUGAACGCAACAUAUCAGAAGUUAGCUUGUUGCUUACACACAUAAAUGCGAUUGAACUUGGCUAGCCAUCGAGCUAGCUGAUGUAAACAGGAAGUGAAUGAUUGUUCCUUAUUUGUGUCCUUUGAAAAUAAAAGUCUAAUAUUUAUAAUA